AUGCGAGAUCUAACAGGGACACCCAAGGAACACCCAAGGGGCACGGGAGGGAUACCCAAGGGCACCAAAGGGACACCAAAGGGACACGCGGAAGAGACACCAAAGGGACAUGGAAGAGACACCGAAGGGACACCAAAGGACAUGUGGAAGGGACACCCAAGGGACACCAAAGGACAUGUGGAAGGGACAGCCAAGGGACACCCAAGGGACACCCAAAAGACAGGGAAGAGACAUCAAAGGGACAUGAAAGAGACACCCAAGGGACACCCAAAAGACAGGGAAGAGACAUCAAAGGGACAUGAAAGAGACACCCAAGGGACACCCAAGGGACAUGGAAGAGACACCCAAGGGACACCACAUGGAAGGGACAUCCAUGGAAGGGACACCCAUGGAAGGGACACAUGGAAGGGACACCCAAGGGACAUGGGAGGCACACCGAUACCCUCCUGUACCACCUUGCCACUGGAGGAUACCCUCCUGUACCACCCUGCCACCGGAGGGUACCCUCCUGUACCACCUUGCCACCGGAGGAUACCCUCCUGUACCAUCUUGCCACUGGAGGGUACCCUCCUGUACCACCUUGCCACCGGAGGGUACCCUCCUGUACCACCUUGCCACCGGAGGGUACCCUCCUGUACCACCCUGCCACCGGAGGAUACCCUCCUGUACCAACCUGCCACCGGAGGAUACACCGACAGUAUCCUAGCAUGGCAGGAACGUAGUAGGGAAUUUCCGGCAGCGAGGACUCUAAAUUCCACGCUUCCGCAAAGCCAGUCGUCCACCCAGCUGCAGCAGCCAGGGAUGGUGUUGGGCAGUGGGCUGCAGCAGGUAUGUGGCCAUGUCAGGCUGCACGCCAGUUUUUUGUACAGGGGCCAGGGCUGA